AUGAAGAUGGCGUACUUAGAAUGGUAUAAAAAGGACAGCAAAAGCAAAGGAAAAGGGUACUACGACAGUUACAAAAUACAGAGCACCACGGCCGACAUAGAAAUCGCCAAGCACAAGAAAUUUCUAACCAAUUACUGGAAGGAUCUCGUCGAACAAGCCGAAAGCAAGUCCCAAAAGGAGAGCUUGUUCUUCCGAACCAUGUUCCUCUACGGCAGAACGAAUUAUCGGCGGAUGGUGGAGCCUCUCGACAUCGCAGAGUUCUACCGAGAUGGGAAAAACAGAGACUACAAGAAACAGGGGAGGUCGCCGUAUUACGUUCUGCUGGAGAAAUGGCAGAAGGAAGACGCGGCAGGGAAGGGCAAGAUAAAGAAGCAGCCAGUGGAUAGGAUGACUGAAGAUUCCUGCUUCUGGGCGGACGUGGAGGAGGCUCUGUUUGCGGUGAGAUUGCUGAAGCAGAAGGGUAGCGGUGGUGGUGGUAAGUCUAGUGAGGCGAAGAACCGUUUGGUGGAGUUCCAGAGGUAUGUGAUGGAGCAGAUUGGGAACUUUGCGGUGGAUUCUGAGAUUUUCCUGGGGGAGAGCUCGUUCAUGGUUUGGUGGAAGGAGUUUCAGGGGGUUGCUGGGAUUGUUGGAAGUGGUAGUUCCUUCCAACGGUGA